CGGCGGAGGGUAUAUUUAAAUAGUUUCGUUAGAUAAAAGACUAUAAAGCCCGACUUUAAAUCAUUAAAACUAGCACAGUUGAACGAUACAUAGUGUUGAGGAGAACACUCUUACAAAGCAGAAUAAAAAUCAUGCCAGAACAAGAAAACGGAGCACGUUGGGUGUCACAUGCUAAGCUAAGUGUAAAGUUUGUGCUAAUGACCUUGCUAUUCACUUACAAAAUUGCCCCUACCUAGCUUAUACAGUAGUACAUAAUUAAGUUCUGUCCAGAUUCAUUUGUUGCUUCAAGUUGAAUGAGCUACUUCCCAUCCUUACUUAAAGCGGACCAGGAUGCCAAAAUGCAGCAUUAAGAUUGUCUGACUAACUAAUCUCCCAGAUUAAGCCAUUUCAGUUUUCUAUGCUUCGUGUAAACGUCUUUGCCCACUUGAACAAACGAAUCAAUCAGAAACACAAAUCAUCAGUCUCCAAUCAUAUGUAUCAGACAUAGAGAUACAGAUACAGCUCAUGCUGCUCUCAAUCUGCUGCAAAGGACACACAUAAACACAUCCCCACACCCCAUAUAGGCAUCCGUCAUCCUGUCACCUCUUGCCCCCAACUCGUGUGCCCAAACAGCUGCUAAUGCCGCCUCGGUCAUGUCAUCAUGGAGCAGAUGAUUUAAGCGUCGCAACUAACUAGGACUUCGCCUAGCCACUUCUCGUCCUCUUUGAUGGAAGCAAGCGCAGGACCGAGUCCAAGGCUGCAAUGCUGAGGCGCGAAGCGGAUGUUGCUGCUGCUGUUGAGGGGGUGACGCCGAGGCCUUGCGCGACCAAGAUUCGCAAGCGGUGCGCGCUGUCGUCGUCGUCCGGCGCGUCGGACACUCUGAGUAAGCUGACGCUGAAGCGAGGCGUGGUGGUGCUCCAUCGGAGGGGAUCGUCGCCGUGCCUGAGGAGCAGGAGAAGGAUGUCGGGGUCGUCCUUGAACGGGCGGACUGGCGAGAUGCACUCGUCAGUGUCGGCCCGGAAGCUCGUCAGCGCUUUGUGGCAGAUGAACGAGGGAGGCUUGCUAGAGGAGGAGGAGGCCGGUAUCGCGAGGGACGCAGCUGCGCGCUGGGGCUCGGCGGCGCACCGGCGCUGCGCGUCGUCGGUGGAGAUCUCGAAGAGGUCAAGAAGGAAGACCAAGGUUUUGGAUGCUGAUCACGGAGAGUGGUUUUCAGAUAAGCUGAGUAAUGGCGGCAGGAUUGGGGUGCACGCAUGCGCUGCAGACUCGAGUUCCACAUGUUCAGUGGACAGAAUGGCACACCUGCAGGACAUGUACCACAGUCUGACGGCGUCCAAGGAGCUCGUCAGAGUUCUCGGCAACAUCUGGGGGCCCGGUGUCCUGAACCCGUCCACGGCGUCGAUCCUCUCCGCGCUGCGCUCCGAGCUUGACCUCGCGCGCGCCCACGCGCGGCAGCUCGCGAAAGAGCAGAGCCGCCGUGUUGACGAGGUCGAGCACCUGAAGAAGCGGCUCGCGGCGGAGGUGCACGCAUGGAAGAACAAGCAGAGGGAGAAGGUAGCUGCCACCGUGCGUGUCGUGGCCGACCAGCUCGACGGCGAGAAGAGGUCCAGGCGGAGAGCGGAGAGGGUGAACGCCAAGCUCGGGAAGGCGCUGGCCGAAACGGAGAGCUCUUUGGAGGAGGCGGAGAGGGAGCUUCAGAGGGAGAGGAGGUCGAGGGAGCGCCUGGAGAAGGUGUGCGACGAGCUCGUGAGGGGCGCUGCAUCGUCGUCAUCGACCGCGGACAGGGGUGGCGACGUGGAGGAGAUGUGGCGGGACUCUGAAAGGGCACAGGCGGAGCUGCACAAGGAGCGGGAGAUGCUCCGGCUCGCCGAUGAGCUCCGCGAGGAGAGGGUCCAGAUGAAGCUGCAUGAGGCGAGGCUCCAGUUCGAGGAGAAGAACGCCGUCGUAGAGCUGCUGCGUGGCGAGCUCGAGGCCUUCCUGGAGACCAAGAAGCAGGAUCAUCAGGAAUCAUCUGCCGCGGAUGCCGGUCACAAUCACCAUGCAUCUGAAGUUGAUGGUGCCAACGGCAUUGCUCACGUUGCUGUCACUAAGAGGACGGAUGGCGAAGACGACGACGACCGUGAAGAAGAUGAUUCAGGAGGCAGCGACAUGCACUCCAUCGAGCUUAACAUGGAUGGCAACAUCAAGGACUGCGGCUGGAGCUACAGCACUGCAGCCAAUUCCAAGGACAUGUCGACGUGCAAGUUGGCAGCGUCUGCGAGCAGCACGGGAACGCAGUGCGCCGUCGAUCCGUGGGCCGGCGCCUCCUUCGACCGGGGAUCGCUUCAGGAGUCGGAACGAGGCCAGCAGUGGGACGUCGACGACGAAGGGUGCAGCGAUACUACCAGGGACAUCGACGAGGAGUCGGAAAGGUACCUGGCCAUCAAGAACCUCAGGGAGCAGAUGCUGGCCGGCCAUGGGUUCAUGUUCAUGUCGCCAGCAGACGAAGGACAUGCCGACACAGAACAACAACGCUACAGUACUGUGAUAUGACAAAAUGAGCAAGGGGGGAACGAUGAUGACAUUGGCAAUUCGGCAUGGAGCAAUGAGUUGGAUCGAUUGGCCGGUGUUAAACUCUACACGUUAUGUUCUCCCCUAGAAUUGUGUACAUAUAAAAACGGAUUUGACAGAAAUUAUAAUUUUCAUUACCUUUAUUCAGUCUACUCGUUACCCA